UGGGGCAUCCUGAUUUGCAGGAAAAUCCAAACCAGCUCAUCUUUUGCAGCUCCAUGGUGAUGCUAUUGUAAAGUUUUACUGCUUGUCAACCGUGCCUACAGUAUGGGAGGCUGAGCCUGGGGGCGUGGUCGGGAGCAAUAGUUUGGCUCUUUUUAUCCCCCUAAAUCAGUUCAAAUCCCAUGUACCCUGUAUUAACUGGAGAUUCAAAGAAUCAACAUGGAAUUGCUUGCAGACUUGUCGGCUCCAGUAAAAUGGUUUGCAUGUUCCUGGUGGCCUAGUGAAAACGGGGAACACAUUUGCUUCCCUCUGACUUCCGUAGAGGAAAAUCAGCACUAUUUUUGUGGACCCCAGAGAGGAAAAACUUACUUCUGAUCUGUCGGAGAGAAAACUAGAAUGAAUGAGCACCAAGGCAGAAAGCCUGAUGUGGAUAUCACACAAGUAGGAGCUGCCAUUGGCUUUCUCUUUCUUCCUGUGCACGUUGUAACUGGCUGCUCUCAGCCUUAAAGAUUGGGUUUCAGCAGGAGCUUUUCAGGUUCAAGGACGGUUAAUGGUUCGUAACUGCCUGACAAUAAACUCAACCUGAAAGUUACAUCAGCCCAGGCAGAUGCCAAAGUCUAUAAGACUGGAGGAAGACAGAAUCUGCAGCCAAAGCAGGCAGCUUCACCACCUGCCUGCUGGACUGUGCUCUUCAUGGGAUUGAAACUUCUGAAGUCUGUGUAGGCAUCCCGGAAAUGGUGGUCUUCAUUAAUGCAAAGAUCAAGUCUUUAUUUAAACUUUUUAAUAAGAAAACUGUUUCCAACCUAGAUGAAGAGAGCAGAUGGACAGUCCACUACACUGCUCCAUGGCACCAGCAGGAGAACGUGUUCCUUCCCACCACAAGACCCCCCUGCGUGGAGGACCUGCACCGCCAAGCCAAGCUGAACCUCAAAUCCGUGUUGAGGGAAUGCGAUAAGCUGCGACGGGAUGGCUAUCGGAGUUCUCAAUACUACUCUCAGGGACCCACCUUUUCUGCCAACUCCAGCCCACUCUGUGAUGAUUAUCAAGAUGAGGAUGAGGAAAUGGAUCAAAAGUAUUCUGUUUCUUCGUCAGAAGAGGAAAGACUUAUUUCCAUCAGGAGACCUAAAACGCCAACCUCAAGCGACUUCUGUGACCUUAAUACUCAAACGAACUGGACCAAGUCGCUUCCGUUGCCAACACCAGAAGAGAAGAUGCGACAGCAAGCCCAAAUAGUACAGGCUGAUGUGGUUCCUAUUAACGUAACUGGGGAGAAUUUCGAUCGCCAGGCCAGCCUUCGGCGGUCUCUAAUUUACACAGACACUCUGGUAAGACGACCGAAGAAAGUCAAAAGGAGAAAGACUAUUACAGGAGUCCCUGACAACAUACAGAAGGAGCUAGCAUCAGGCACUGGCCAAGAGGAUGUUGGGGGUCACUCAAUGCACACCCCAGACCACUACUCUACACUAGAGAGGCUUGACAGCCUUCGGUCUGCAGGGCAGCGCUCAGAAACCAGGGACUCCAGCUGCCAGACUGAAGAAGUGAAAGUUGUCCCACCUUCAAUGAGAAGAAUCAGGGCACAAAAGGGGCAAGGUAUUGCCGCCCAGAUGAGCCACUUCUCAGGCUCCUCUGGGAACAUGUCUGUGCUGAGCGACUCUGCAGGCAUUGUGUUCCCUUCUCGCCUCAACAGUGAUGCUGGUUUCCACAGUCUUCCACGCUCUGGAGCAAGGGCAAAUGUGCAGCUCCUCGAGUCAAGACUGGGUGCCCUGGGCCCUGCGGAAGACAAGGACAGCACUUUCUACCACCAAAGGGAUCAUCACCAGGUAGAUGAGACCUUGGGACACGUGGGAGGUGCCUCAAGGACCGGAACACUUCUGAGGCCUCCAUCCCAGGAGCUGAGGCACUUCGAGGUUGAAAACGGAACCAGCCCAGCUUGCGUGGUUUCUCCUCACGCGACCUACUCCACCAGCAUCAUCCCAAAUGCCACACUCUCUUCCUCUUCAGAAAUGAUUGUUAUUCGCACUGCUCAGAGUUCAGGGCCACUGGACAGCAGAGUUGCCAGUCCAUCCUCAUGUGCAAAGGUAAGACCCAGAGACCACCGCCUCUCCAGGCAUGCUGUAAAAGAAGGUCAUCAGUCUUCCAGUGGCCACUGGGAUAAGACUCACUCCACCAUCCUUUCACCGGCCGCCUUAGAUACCGGUUCACCUGAUGCCGCCAUGCUGUUUUCCCUUUAUGACUCAACAGGCUCUCUCAAUACCCCAGCAAAUAGGGAGAAUGGGUCCCAAGCUGGGACAUAUGAUUGUAGAAGCAACCUGAGCUUCCCAAGCCAUCCCCAGGAGGUGGAUGGCAAGAGGGAGUCGAGUUAUUCCGGAGGCAGAGUGCACAGCAGCCCCCAGCCCUGGGAAUAUCAAGCCUCAGGUAAGGGGAGGGCAUCCCCACAGAAGACACGGUUUGUAGCACCUGGUUACUCCACUCCUGUCAGUAACCUGAGCAGCUGCAGCUUAGACCAAACAUCAAACAAACAGGAGGCCAGGUCCCUGUGCUCCGUGGACCACAAUGGCUACUACACACCUGUGCACACCGGCUCUGGACACGGAUCAGGGAAUCCGUGCAAUAGCAGGGAUGGCUUUGGGAACCCCAGACAUAGCGUGAUCAAUGUUUUUGAUGGACGAGCUCAGAAAAAUCAAGCAGACCAGCCAAAUUACCAGGACAAGUCCCUCUCUCGAAGCAUCUCUUUGAGAAAAGCAAAGAAGCCUCCACUGCCACCCUCUCGGACUGACUCUCUCCGCAGGAUCCCCAAGAAGGGUGCCCAGUCUAAUGGGCAGGUGCUAAAUGAGAGCCUGAUCGCCACGCUCCAGCAAUCUCUGCAGCUGAACCUGCAGUGCAAGGACGGCAGCUCGGCCUCCCAGAGCCCCUGCAGUGACUUAGAAGAGCCCUGGCUGCCCCGCUCCCGCAGCCAAAGCACGGUCAGUGCUGGCAGCAGCAUGACUUCCACCACCACCCCCAACGUGUACUCCCUGUGCGGGGUCACGCCAUCGCAGAGCGACACAAGCAGCCUGAAGUCAGAGUACACGGACCCUUGGGGUUACUACAUCGACUAUACUGGUGUGCAAGAAGACCCAGCGAACCCGGGAGGGGUGUGUUCUGCCAGCAGUGGGGCAGCAGCUGGAAAUGAGCAGGUUCACCCCGUCCAAGAUGGGUCCAGGGCCACGAUGCCUCAAGUGCCCGGUAACUCAGUCAAACCAAAGAUCACAUCCCCAGAGAAGUCACACAGAGUCACUUCUCCAUCCAGUGGGUACUCCAGCCAGUCUAAUACACCCACAGCCCUCACCCCAGUGCCUGUGUUUUUGAAGUCCAUGUCACCAGCAAAUGGGAAGGGGAAGGCCAAGCCCAAGGUGCCAGAAAGGAAGUCCUCACUGAUAUCCUCAGUAUCCAUUUCUUCAUCUUCAACUUCUCUUUCUUCUAAUACUUCUACUGAAGGAAGUGGAACUAUGAAGAAACUGGAUUUAUCGGUGGCUUCUCCUCUGGCUCCUCCUCUUCCAUCUCUGUGUCUUGCUGACAAGUCUCCUUUUCCGCCUCCUCCCCCUCCUGUAGCGGAUUCCUCCGGGAGCUUUCCUCUGCCUCACUCUCCUGUCUUCCCCCCUCCACCACUAGAAGUUCUGGCUCCGUUGUGUUCCCCGACUGAAGCAGGCUUUCCUCCUCCUCCCACAUCCUUCAGCCCCGUUCCUCCAGAUCCAUCCACUUCCUUUCCAUCUCCUCCACCUUUCUUCCCUUCUUCAGUUCCACCACCUGCCCCACCCCUUGACCCCAAAUUGAUGAAAGACACCAGGCCUUCUUUCAAACAGUCUAGCCAGCCAGGCUCCUCCUGUGACGCCUUUAAGCAGCCUUACAACAAGGAGGAGAGCACUAGACCACCUAUGCCCCUAAUAACCACCGAAGCAUUACAGAUGGUACAGUUGAGGCCGGUGAAAAAGAACUCAGGAACUGAGGGCGUGCUGUUGUCUGAAGGAAUAUCUCAGGAAAAAUCAACUCCGGUUGUUCCACAGUAUCAUUUAAAGCCAUCUGCUUUCCUGAAAUCCCGAAAUAGCAUAAAUGAAAUGGAGAAUAAAAGCCAGAAUGCCUCCGCAAAGGACUCACUUCCAGCUCCUGCCAAGAGCGAGAGUCAGGGUCACCAUGACAGUGCAGCUGAGCGUGUCGGCCUUCAGAGCUGCAGAGAUGGAGCACAGCCGGCCCAGGCCUCUGGAGCUUCAUUUCCAGGGAUGGAUGCUGAGGUGGCAGCCCGGGCCACUGUGCAGAGCGCAAAGGCGCAGUCUGGCCUCAGGACUGCACUAGUCCAGGAGCAGCCUGGCUCACCAAUGGAGCCACAUGGCUCCUCACCCAGCAGGAAGCCGCCUCCUAUUUCAAAGAAGCCCAAACUGUUCCUUGUGGUGCCACCUCCUCAGAGAGAUUUCGCAGCAGAGCACAAAGAGAACGUGAGUGAAGCCUUCAGAGACCCACCCAACACUGCGAGGGGAAAGGUGGACUCUGUGCACAGCAAGGAGGCAAAAGGGAGUUCUGCAGCCAGAACCGGUUCUGAUGAGCUGGACUCUGACAACUCACUUCUUGAGGGAGGAGCUGCAGGAUCUGCGUCCCUUGGCAGAGGGAAAGCCGAUGCCCCCAUGGUACAGCCCGAUGCCUCGCCAGCCCUCAAGCAGGAAGAGCCGGGCACCUCCGAUGAAGGCAGCGGCGCCGAGAGCAGCGCGGACGUUGUGGGCGGUGGGGAGCGACGCCUGUCUCAGGAGGAUGCGGGGGCUGGGGUGCUGGAGACGGACACAGCAGCUUCUUCCUCAGAGGCCUUCGACUUCCUCAGGGAAGAAGGGAGUGAUAAGGUGAUGACCCCCAGCAGACCCAGGACCACAGAAGACCUCUUUGCAGCUAUUCACAGAUCCAAAAGGAAAGUCCUUGGCCGUAAAGAUUCGGAUGAGGAUCACUCCCGAAACCAUUCUCCCUCACCCCCAGUGACCCCCACUGGUGCUGCUCCCAGCCUGACCUCCCCGAAGCAGGUGGGAUCCAUUCAGAGAAGUGUCCGGAAGAGCAGCACCAGCAGUGACAACUUCAAGGCUCUGCUGCUGAAAAAGGGGAGUCGGCCAGACACGAGUGCCCGCAUGUCGGCGGCUGAGAUGCUCAAGAACACAGACCCUAGAUUCCAGAGAUCAAAGUCGGAGCCCUGUGCAGACACACCCGAGAGCCCAUCAAGCUGUUCCCCAGGCAAGAACAGAAGGGCCCAGGAGGAAUGGGCCAGGAGUGAAGGCUUGAUGCCUCGGAGUUUGUCCUUUUCCGGUCCCAGGUACGGGCGCAGUCGCACGCCGCCCUCUGCCGCCAGCAGCAGGUAUAGCAUGCGGAAUCGAAUCCACAGCAGCCCCAUGACAGUCAUCUCGGAGGGAGAAGGGGAGGCGGUGGAGCCGGUGGAUAGCAGAGCUCGCCGGGCUCUGGGAGCUGCGAGGGGAGGUUCGCCGGAUGGAGUGGCCAGGAGCGACAUGGACGAGGGCAGCCUGCUCCGGGGCGAAGAGACCGCCGCCGCCUCCCCGCAGGCAAAGGCUCCUGCUGGCCCCACAGAUGGGAGGGCCAGCACAGACGGCAGGGACCUAUUAGGACAGUGUGGAGGUCCUCCACCGGGAGAGAGUUAGGACCAAGAAUGUGACUUUCCCGGGUGGUGUGGGGGGAGAGGAGCAAUACAUCCCUCAGGGCAGCCCUGCUAGGUACCCAUCACUGGCUGGACCCGGAGCCCCUCAGCCUUGGUGCUGUGGCCCUGAGCCAGACAGCCCAGCAGAAUAAGAGAGGGUGUAUUCAGACUCACUUGGCACUUGCCCUGUGGCUUAAAAGAAAGUAGAAGCUUAACUUCUGGAAGUGCUUCCUGGGGAAGAUUUUUUUUUGCUAAAUGCUGGGUGUGUGUAUAUGUGAGUGUGUGCAUUUUUUGAAAACUUUUUAUUUAAAAAAAAAAAAUGCACACACUUAAAGAAGCAGUAAUGUACAGAAAUAGGGAAAAGAAAGAGUUCAACUAGCUAGCGUAAAGGACUAGGUGGUAAUUGCUUUGUAAGUAUUAUGCUUAUGGAUAUUAGUGAGUUCCUAAGAAGGGGGAGGACCACUGCUGUGGUAGAUUGGCUGGUUCUUACUCCACAGAACACAUGGGUAGAUACACGUGAGUGCUUUAGAGGUGAGGCUUGUGUGGUUAACACAAAGAAGGUGGGAAAGGGCUGACUAACUGGUUCAGGUACUUUUUUCUGGGGAAAAAAGGCUUUGUUUCUUUUUUGUAAAAAUGACAAAUGUGGUAAUGGCAACGCUGGAACUGGUGCCCGCUGCUAUGCAGCCACAGACGCGCAACUUUAGCCCGAGUUUUAGAGAUGUGGGUAAUUUUUCAAUGAAUUGGCUCCCUGAGUAGCAGCUGAGACCUUCUUUGAGAACUGCAACAAUGGUGUGUACAUGCAAGGGGGGGAAGAGAUGAGAGGGGGAGCGGAGUCCGUGAUACACUGUUGGAAUGUGUUUCCUGCUUAUGAAAUAAAAUUAUUUUUCAAAAGGAAAUCUGAAAACUUGCACUACAGAACUGUGGGCGGAGCUUUUCCUUUUACAACUGUUUUUACCGAGUUGAAACCUCCAUUUGGCAAUUCCUUUUCCCUUGAAACGUCAGCAUUUGCUAGCUUUUGGAUAUCGUUUUGGUUAUACCAAAGAAAAACGUUGUGGCUAUUUUUCCUUUAACUGCCUGCAGGAUCGUGUCCUAAUUUAGAAGGGUUUAUCAAAAUCUAUUAUAUAUUAUCUUACUCUGAAGAAAAUGCUGGAAAGCUCUUGUUAGUCAAACUUGAUAAAAAUUGGCAGGGCUUGGCUAUCGAUGAGCCCUGGGAAAUGAGUUUUUAGAUUAAAAAGAUUUUUUGCAUCAUUUGGUUUGUGUGUUUUUAUAUUGCUUAGAAAGGGAGUUGGUGAAUUACCUUUUCAUCUUCUCCAGUUAGAAUUUCAACACUUUUAAAUGUAUGUAUUUAUUUUAAUGUGAAAUUCUCAUGACCCCCUCCCACACCAUCCCAGCUUUUCCUGUACUUAAUCCAGUUAUCCACUGCAAUUCAGACGAUACCAACGCAUAGCAACCACAUGUGCAUCAGAGUAAAACUGUGCUCCAUAGUUUUUUGGAUGUAGAUCACCUGAGGCACCUCUGGGUGGACUCGAACCUCCUACUUUUCAUUUAGCAGCUGACAGCCUUACCCUUUUGUGACACCCCGGGAUUCCUCCCUGCACUUAGACUCCUUUAUUUAUUAAGUAGAACCAGAGUCCUCACUUCUUGUUUUCUUCUUCAGAAGGACUUAUGAUGACAGUGGAGCUCUGAUGGCGCAGUGGUUAAGAGCUCGGCUGCUAACCAAAAGGUCGGCAGUUCGAAUCCAUCAGCCGCUCCUUGGAAACCCUAUUUGGCAGUUCUGCUGUGUCCCACAGGGCCGCUAUGAGUUGGAAUCGACUCGACAGCAUUGGGUGUGGGUUUUUUUUGUGUGUUUUUUUUAAAUGAUGACAAUACCAUGACUCUUUACCUAAAUAAAAGGCAGCUGUCAAUUGUGGUCUUUUUUGGUCUGAAAAUAUCAUCUAAAAGCUGGACUACACAGCUCGUGUCAUCAUAAGUUUUAUAUAAUAAAACUUUAAAUACUUAUUUUAGAAGUGUCUUUGAGGCAAAAACAAACCUAAAGAAUAAAGACUACUUCCCUUCUCGAAAAACAAAC